AUGUCCACAGCCACAGACUUCUCCGUCGUAAACUAUAUUUCGCUCAGCUCAAUCACUGAUAGCAAGAUUACCAACAUCAACCUUUAUACCUCUCGUGCACAAAUCACUCGAUCAUACAAGGUUUCUGUUGCGGCUGGCCAAACAAAAUUGACAUUGCUACAUUUACCCAAUGUUGUCGACCACGAGUCACUGAGAGUAGAGGGUCGAGGCUCUGCUAUCAUUCAAGGAGUAACCUCCUUCAAGGCCGAGAUGAAAGACCCCGACACAUCGUCUCCCUUACUCGAAGAGUUGAAUGUAAAAAAGGAACGGGCAAAAAACGCAUUAGAGCGCUGUAACAGGGCUCUGCAAGCCAUUAAUAAGUACAUGGGAAACAUCUCAAUUGAGCAUCUCGAUAUUUCCAAACUUGGCGAGGCUAUGGAAAUCUACGACACUACUGAAGAGAAAUGGGACGACAAGAUCAUUCAACUCAAGCGUGAAUUCGAGACUCUGGAGACACAGAUCACGGAAGAGUCAGACCGACUAGAAAAAAGCGGAGAAAAUAAGAAACUGCGUACGAAGGUUGUUAUGGGCCUCGUUGCAAACCAUCCUGCUGACCUGGAGAUUAUAGUUAUUUAUGCUGUAUCUCAUUCUAGAUGGGAAGCUGGAUACGAUAUUCGAGUCGACAUGCAGACGACGGGCGCUCCUGUUCAUGUUCUGUACAAGGCUGCCAUAAACCAGUCAACCGGAGAGGCAUGGGAAGAUGCUCCGAUCACUUUAGAGACUGCAUCCCCGACAUUUGGCCUUGAACUUCCUCAACUUGCGCUCUGGAAUAUCAGCUAUCAAGAACGGGCCAUUUAUAGUGGAAGAGGUCUAGGUCGAGGAGGUGCAAAAAGACACCGGAAGAUUAUCCGUUCGGAGGAUGAUGAGGACUUUGACCCAGAUGAGGUGUCAGAGGUAACCUCGCGAGGAAACGUCAACGCCACAUUCCGCGUUCCAGGUCUAACCACCAUCCCAAGUGACGAAGAAGACCACAAUGUAACCAUUGCAGUCCUCCAACUAAACGCCAAAAUUUCAUGGGUAUGCAUCCCUCAACGCGACACUCAGGUGCACCUAGAGGCACUCAUAACAAACUCGUCUGAAUAUACCUUUUUAAGCGGGCCCAGCAAUGUUUAUGUCGAUCAAAGUUUUAUCUCCCGUUCUGAAAUCCCAGGGGUCAGUCCUGGAGAGGUCUUUACCUGUCCUCUAGGCGUUGACCCAUCAAUUCGGGUAACAUACCAUCCCCAAGAGAAGGUCGCUUCUCAAACUGGAUUUUACAACAAAUCCCUCAAAUAUGCGUAUUCACAACGUAUUUCUGUGCAUAACUCUAAAUCUGUCCCUAUUGACGGGGUAAAGAUCAUAGACAGGAUUCCCGUCUCACAGGAUGCCGACCUCAUCGUUAAUCUCAUCAACCCAGGGCUUACACCUCCCUCCCUUUCUCCUGCUAGCUCUGCCACCAAAGCGAAGACCAUAGUGACGGUGUCUCCUGACAUCAUUGCUCAAUGGUGUGGUGUCGAAAAUCCAGGAUCCGAUGUGUCCGCUCUGGGAAAGGAUGGAAAACUUAAUUGGGUUUGCGGUGUGCCAGCAUACGGCAGAAUCAAUCUUCUCCUUCAAUGGGAGGUUAUCGACGCUCAGAAAAAGCAAAUUUAUGAUUACGGGCUGUAA